CUAUCUUGGCAGCUGCACUGUGUGUGUCCCCUUCUCGGCCGCCGUCUGCAGCAAAGCCGUCAUGCCACUCUCACUGCUACCAUCCUCAUCAACCUGCAAUCGGAGGGCAGCACACACAUACACGCGCUCACACACGCCAUCCACACAGAUGUGUGUACCUCGACAGUUGCCUGUGCCUGCUGGUUGUCGUAUGCAGCGGGAGCGUCCGUGCCCUCGUCAGUGGCUCCGUCUGUCCCCUGCUCUCCCGGCAAUGGGCCCAAUGUGUUCUACACACACACACACACACACAUGCAUCCGUCUCUCUCGAGCAGGGUGUAAAUGUGAAAGGGUGUGUGCGUAUGUCUGUCUGACCGUGACUAUUCUGUAAGUCCUGUGUGUGGGAGGUGGCGAGUACUGCAGCGGCACCAGGCGGGGCUGCGGAUUGGGCUGGACGAAGGCUGUCUGGUCGACGGCCGUCCCCUGCUGCACCAGGGGGACCUGACAACAAACAACACAGUGGGAUGUCACAUGCCAUGCGUGUCUCCUCUUGCCCUUCCCACCUCCAGAUCUUCGUCUUGCUCUUGUUGCUGUCGCUGUCGCUGUCGUUGGCGUGAGGAGGAGGACAUCACAAACUCACGGGCGUCGGGCACAGACGACUGCUGCAGAAACAAACAGGGAACAUCUGAACACACUGACUGGAAUGCUUCGGUCUCCUUGCAAGGGUACUUCCUGAUCUCUGCCGUCGUCUUGUAUACUCCCUCCUCCCUCCCCGCCCCUGUUGUCCCCCUUAAUACGAUACCCCAGGUCUUGAGCAGCCUCCCGCAGACUGCUGCUCGUCGCACUGCCUACCAGGGCCGCCUGUGGCUGCGCCAUUCUGUUCUGAAUACCGCGUCUCACCGGGUGAGGGGGCGAUUGUCUGGGUGGGGUUAGUAGAUGUGUCAGAUUAUGGUUGGUGGAGUCAGCCAGGAUGUCAGAGAUGGUCUGCUCCUCCUGAAGUCAACUCAAGAUGGAUCAAUAAAUGAGAACUGCUGUUUGCUUGUUUCCUCUCCCUCUCUCUCUCUCUCUCUCUCUCUGUGUGUGUGUGUGUGUGUCUGGGGGGAUGGGGGAAGGCACCGACGCGUGCUAGUUGCUGCUGCAGAUUGAGUAGGUCUGCUUCUCGGCUGUCCAGGGCCGCCUCGCGCACCUCCAACCAGCCCUCGCGCUGCAUACAUAAGGAUAGCCAGCCAGUGCCAGCCACAACACCACACACAGACAUGACAGACGACUUCCAUGGCUUCCUCUCAUUGACCUUUUCCAAGUCUUGCAGCAUCCUCAGCGCCAUAUCGCCCCCCUCCCCCGCCCCCCGGCGCAGCUGCUGCACACCUGAUGUGGCCGUUGACUUCAGACGGGCUGCCGGUGGCUGUUGUGGCUGUUGUUGUGGGUGUUCUUGUGGCUGUUGGUUCCAUGCCGGCACCAUGGCCGCCUCGUUCUGCUGCGGGGCCCUCUCGUACUCGGCAUACUGCUGCUGGAGGCCGGCCACAUAUCGCUGGUAGUCACUGGGCGAGUGGGGAGCAUAGACAUUGCGCCGCUGCGCCAACAGGGGUAGUGGGUGGGUAUUGCUCACUCGAGGCACCUUCUCCCGUGCGACAGACGAGUAUAUCACUGUGGCGGGCAGCCGCUGCUGAGUGGGCUGCCCUGCCGUCGCAAUGGAUGGGACCAUUCGCCGCAGCUGGUUCAGCUGGUCAUGCGACAUCCUCUUCAUCUUGGUCAGCACAAUCCGCUGGUCCAGCCGCACAGUGUCCGCUGCAUUGCUGAGGCACUGUGUGUUCCCGGGCGUCGCGUAGGCGAAGUAGUUGGACGAGUUGCCGAGGUAAGUGGCCAUGUCGAGAGCCACAGAGGGCGCCUGGCCGUCAGGGAGCACCGUGCCGUAGACAGCCGGGGUGUGGUCGAGGACCAUCCGCAUCAGAUGGCUGUCAGUCUCCCCGGCCUUGAACAGCAGCGACACCCCCAGUGUGCGGCCAGAAGUGCCCCUGUGGGCAAUGACCACCUCCAGAGGGAACCGCUGAGCGCUCUCUCCCAGCGUGUGCUGCGACGGCGAAUGGAUAUCGACGAACAGCGCUGCAAAUUGCUCGCCCUUGUAGAUCAGGCCCCCGAAAGAGGGCGCGGUCAGCCGCAGCCCGCUGCCGUCAUUUUGCACAGCAAAUAGGGUGGUUGGGGCGUAGUCGAGCACCAGCUGGCCAUCCUCCGGCACAAAGGGCGGCUGGAUGUUGAUCGGGCCCUGCUGCACCGAACAGCUGGAAGCCGCUUGAAGGUUGAGGUCUGCACCAGAAUCUGCAAGCGCAAGGGCCGCGGGAGGAAAAUGGCAAAGGGAAGCCAGCAGCAGCAGGGCCAGACGACGAACGCUGCAAGGGCUUUUCAU